AUGUACAGUCUGUUCGCCCUGGCCAAAAACCCGGAGGUUCAAGACUUAGUCUACCGAGAGAUCCGUACCCACCUGCCCGAGGGCGCGCCGGUCACGCCCGAGGUCCUGAGGAAAAUGAAGUAUCUUAAGGCAGUCAUCAAGGAGACUUUGAGAUUGUGGCCGGUAAUUUUUGGGAACCCCAGACUGUAUGACUAUGACGUUGUUCUAGGUGGCUACGACGUGCCUGCAAAGACUGAAAUCCUGGUACAUCAUCGCGUCAUGUGCCGCCAGGAGAGGUAUUUCACGGAUCCACUGACCUUUGACCCAACCCGUUGGCUCCGUGACGAGAACACGUCACCAGUUCCGCCGUACCUGUUCAUGCCGUUUGGACACGGAGUGCGCAUGUGCAUCGGCCGGCGGUUUGCCGAGCAGCAGCUACAGCUCCUGAUUAUCCGGAUCUUGCAGCGGUUCCAUGUGGAGUGCCAGGAGGCGGAGUUGGGGCAGGUCUUUAGUCUGGUGCUGCUGCCCGACAGGAACCCGCGCUUCGUCUUCCGCCGCAGGCAGGGCCACACGGCGUGGGCACCGCAGGCAUGGACACACGGCGUAGGCACGACAGGCAGGGACGCACGGCGUAGGCACCGCAGACAGGGACACACGGCGUAGGCGCCGCGGGCAUGGACACACGGAGUAGGCACGACAGGCAGGGACGCACGGCGUAGGCACCGCAGACAGGGACACACGGCGUGGGCACCGCAGGCAUGGACACACGGCGUAGGCACGGACAGGCAGGGACGCACGGCGUAGGCACCGCAGACAGGGGACACACGGCGUAGGCACGAC